GAGUCUCCGGUGCUGUAAAUGCUGUAAGGCAGCAACUCUACCUCUGCGCCACCGAGCAGCCCUGGUUCCCUCCUCCAGUUCGAGAGAUAUGCCAGUGAUUGUCAAUAUCACCUUUGGGAUUGUUAAUUGCUUCUGAACGCCCCUCCUCUAUUUUGAGCGAUCAGCCAGAGAUUUCCAGAUAUCUGUGCGCUUGUUGCAUUUUUCAGGGGGGUGUCGAGCACUUCGUUGAACCUCUUCCCCUGAGAGAGCUUGUAAAAUUAAUAUUGUAUUACAGCACGGUCCAGGGGGCGUUGUGCUGUCUGAAGAGUCUAGAUAACGCUGUUCUCAAGCAUGUUUUGCUGAUGUUUUGCAAUUCCUUUUUAAAAACUGCUGUUGCAUAUGCCUCCACAAUUCCACAUGGCAAUGUAUUUCAGAUUCUUACAACUGGCAAUGUAUUUCAGAUUCUUACAACUGCAUGUACAUGCUUUUCUGUGCCACUUUUGGUUCUUCUGCCAGUCACCUUCUGGCGAUGUUCUCUAAAUCUCGCUCCUUGGCCUUGGAAUGCUUUUUUCCCUACCUAUUCUCUUCAUAUCGCUAUCAUUCUUUCUAUUGCCAUACCCUCAUCAAUCAUCUUCUUCAUUCAGGAAAGAACAUAAGCAGGGAAUUUGGAAGACUAAAAGGGGCCAAAAAAUGUCCUUGACAAGUAGGCAUCAGCAGAAUUCCAAGGCAUUUUAUGCCAGUAUUAAUGGAAAGAGGGUAGAUAGGGAAAGGGUACUGUCAUAUGCUGAGAGAAUGGAGCAACUGGGCUUGUACACUCUGGAGUUUAGAAGGAUGAGGGGGAUCUCAUAUAAGAUUGUUAAGGGCUUGGACACACUAGAGGCGGGAAACAUGUUCCUGAUGUUCGGGGAGUCCAGAACCAGGGAUCACACACAGUUUAAGAAUAAGGAGUAACCCAUUUAGAAUGGAGACGAGGAAACACUUUUUCUCACAGAGAGUGGUGAGUGUGGAAUUCUCUGCCUCGGAGGGCGGUGGAGGCAGGUUCUCUGGAUGCUUUCAAGAAAGAGCUAGAUAGGGCUCUUAAGAUAAUAAUCUGGCUUCCUCUUCUUGCCAACAAAGUGGAUAACCUCACAUUUAUCCCAAUUAUAUUGCUUCUACCAUGCAUCUGCCCAUUCACCCAACCUAUCCAAGGCACCCUGCACCCACUCAGCAUCCUCAUUGCAGCUCGCACUGCCACCCAGCUUUGUGUCACCCGCAAACUUGGAGAUGCCACAUCGUUCCCUCAUCUAAAUCGUUAAUAUAUAUUAUAACUAACUGGGGUCCCAGCACCGAGCACUGCGACACCCCAUUAGUCACUGCCUGCCAUUCUGAAAAUGACCCAUUAAUUCCUACUCUUUGCCUCCUGUCUGCCAACCAGUUCUCUAUCCAUGUCAAUACCCUACCCCCAAUACCAUGUGCUCUAAUUUUGCACACUAAUCUCUUGUGUAGGACCUUGUCAAAGGCUUUUUUGAAAGUCCAGAUACACCACAUCCACUGGCUCUCCCUGUUCCAUUCUACUUGUUACAUCUUCAAAAAAAUCCAGAAUAUUUGUCAAGCAUGAUUUCCCCUUCAUAAAUCCAUGCUGACUUUGACCGAUCCUGUCACUGCGUUCCAAAUGCGCUGCAAUAACAUCGUUAAUAAUCGACUCAAACAUCUUCCCCACUGUAAGGCUAAGGUCUAUAAUUCCCCAUUUUCUCUCUCCCUCCUUUCUUAAAAUGUGGAGAUUUCUUAAAAUUGGCUGUCCUCCAGUCCACAGGAACUGAUCCAGAGUCAAGAGAACAUUGGAAAAUGAUCACCAAUGCAUCCAUGAUUUUGAGGGCCACCUCCUUGAGUACUCUGGGAUGCAGACCACCAGGCCCUGGGGAUGUAUCUGCCUUCAGUCCCAACAGUAUACCCAAUACCAUUUCCUGACUAAUGUGGAUUUCCUUCAGUUCCUCCAUCCCACUAGAUCCUCAGUCCCCUAGUAUUUCUGGGAGAUUGUUUGUUUAUUCCUUGGUGAAGACAGAACCAAAGUACACAUUUAACUGUCCUGCCAUUUCCUUGUUUCCCAUUAUAAAUUCACCAGUUUCUGAUUGUAAGGGACCUACAUCUAUCUUCACUAAUCUUUCCCAUUUUACAUAUCUAAAGAAGCUUUGUCAGUUUUUAUAUUCCCCGCAAGCUUUCUUUCAUACUCUUUUUCCCCUCUUAAUUAACCCCCUUUGUCCUUCUCUCUUGACCUCUACAUUUCUCCCAAUCUGCUGCUUCCUCUGGCCAAUGUGUAUGCCCUUUCCUUGGAUUUAACAUUAUCCUUAAUUUCCCACGUUACCCACGGUUGAGCCAUCUUCCCCAUUUUAUUUUUUCGUCAGACUUUUUGCCAAGAUUGGCAUCCUUUUAAUCAUGGCGUUAAAGACAUAAACCAGGUUCAUGGUUAAUUAUUCACAACAAUUCUUCAAGAUAGUAUUUAUUGCCAUUUGGGAGUGAAUGGGCUAAUUAGGAAUAGCCAGCGCGGCUUUGUACUUGGCAGAUCGUGUCUCACUAACUUGAUUGAAUUUUUUUAAGGAAGUGAUCAAGGAGGUUGAUGAAGGUAGGGACAGUGGAUGCUGUAUACAUGGGUUUUAAUAAGGCUUUUGAUGAGGCCCCUCAUGGUAGGCUGAUCCAGAAGAUUAAGAUGUACGGGAUUGAUAAUGACAUUGUAUGGAUUGAGAUCUGGCUUAUUCAUAGAAGACAGAGGGAUGUGGUGGAAGGUAGCUAUCCUGGCUGGAGGGUAGUUCGAAUAUUAUUUAUGAUUUCAGGGAAUGAUUAAGUGGAAGGAAUUAUUACAAUUAUUCGGAAGAAAACCUGUAUUAUGAUUUUGAUAUUUUUAUGAUAAGGUUAAUAACUGAACUUUAAACCAACUGUGGUUUGUAAAAGUUAACACCAUUAAUAACUUUUGUUCACAGUUUCAACCUUUUGAUGACUUUUUCGCAAAAGGAGGCACAAAUAUACUUGCAUUUAUUUACCAACUGUCUGAUCCGCCACCAACAGAAUGUGGACGAAUUAUUGCUGGAAUUAGUAAAGGAAGUAAAAUGAAGAGAUUAUACCUGACCAAAUUAUUCAGUUCUCGCCUUGACAACCUGUGUUUAUUCUUUGUGCGGCACAACAUGGAUAUUCUUAUCACAGCAAGAAAUGUUUGUGAGGAGGUGCAAUUUGGUGUCUUCGAUUGUUCUGAUGGAAUACUUACAGGUGCUACAAAUAUGUUAGAAAACAUUUUUUUCCCUGCUAUUUGUGCAUCUGAAAACUGGGGAUCACUUAGCCAGUCGAAUAACGGGGACAGAGGAAAGAAAACUUUCAAAGAGAUUAUUCGCAGAUAUCUCACAUUCUUAAAGGGUGCAAAAACAAGCCUUGAAAAAGCUGUAGUACUGAAGAGUGAAAAAAUCGAUCUUGCAAAGCUGCGCUCUUUUGAACAAAUAAGGGCAGCAGCAUCAAGUCCGGAAAUGGUUUCACAGCUUGAAAAUGUACUUUUAACAUGGCACAAUCAACUGGAAUUGGUACUAGCACAAAGUAAUCAAGUGAGGAAAGAGGCUGAAAAUUCAGGUCCACUCACCGAACUGGAAUACUGGAAAUGCACAUCCGCUAAAUUCAAUUCUCUCAUUGAACAACUUAAAGGACAGCAUUGCAAGGCACUAAUUAACGUGCUAAAUAUAAGUCACUCAAAAAUGUUAAAGAUGUGGCAAGGGAUUGAUUCUCAAAUCACAGAUGCAGCGAAUGCAGCAAAGGACAAUGUGAAGUUUCUGCAGGCACUGGAGCAAGUCUGUCAGCCACUCUACCAUUCUGACCCAGUGACUAUGACAAAGAGUGUUCCAAAUUUGAUCAAUACCAUUCAAAUGAUUCACAAUGUGUCACGGUAUUACAAUACCUCACAACAGUUAACAUCACUCUUUAUUAAGGUCACAAAUCAAAUGGUUACAGCCUGCAAGGCAUAUAUUACGCUAGAUGGUUCGGUUCGUAUUUGGGACCAGGAUUCCGGAAUUGUUAUUAAUAAAAUGGAGGAAUGUAAAAGAUUAUUGGUGGAUUAUCGCAAAUAUUUCCAGAACACCAAGAAAAACACGAGUGAAACAGCACAAGAUAAUCCUUUUGAUGUGUCAGAGAUGUACAUAUUUGGUAAACUUGAUGUCUUCUGUAAACGUCUGGCAAAGAUCACUGAAAUGGUUGAAGCAGUGAAGACCUUUACAGCAUUGCAGAACUGCACAAUUGAAGGAAUAGAGACAUUGGGAAUAAAAUUCAGCAAUAUCCGUCUGAACCUGAAAAAGUGCAAUUAUGAUAUUUUGGACCCUCGUAAGAAGGAGUUUAAUGCAGACUAUGCUAUAUUUAUGAAGCAAAUGGCUGAUUUGGAGAGCAUGACUGAUGAUUUCAUGAAUAGCUGUUUUACUAAAAUUAUUUCUUCACAACAUGCUCUACACCUGUUGAAUCGAUUUCAGAAUUUAAACAUUCCAUCCCUUGAGUCGGAAAUUGACGUUACAAUUGAACGUAUUAUUCAGUGCUACUCAGGAGAAUUGAAUUUCGUACAAAAGCAUUACCAAGCCAAUAAGGAGAAUCCUCCACUUGCUAGAAACUUGCCUCCUUUAGCUGGAAAAAUACUGUGGGUGAGGCAGCUCUUCCGACGCAUACAUGAGCCCAUUGACUAUUUCUAUAAAAAUUCUGACAUUCUAAAAAGCCCACAGGGCAAGUCUGUGGUGCGAAAGUAUAACAAAAUUGCUUACGUCCUGGUAAAGUUCGAAGUAUUGUAUUAUAAGGCUUGGAUGAAAGAAAUCUCAUCCAUACGAUAUGUGCUGCAAGUACCUCUUUUGGUACGUAAUCCAGGCAAUGGAAAAAUGCGUAUGAACUUUGAUCAUCGACUUUUUGAAGUUUUUCGAGAUGCUAAAUGUUUAUUAAAAAUGGGCCUGGAAGUGCCGGAGACGGCCAAAACUUUACUGAAGAAUGAGAAGUCAUUGAUAAUGAACUAUAAUUGUCUGAAGCAUUAUCUGCACUUAUUUGAGAGGGUGUGCCAAGGAAUCCCCUCCGAAUUUGUAAUGUUGAUAGCACCUAAAAUCAGAAAGAUUGAGUUUGUUCUGAGACAUGGUGUCACUUUUCUGAACUGGUCAUCCAUAACACUCCAAACAUUCUUCUCUGAUAUUGAUGAGGCUAUAGAUGAUUUGCUUACACUAUUAGCGACACUAGAAGAUUUGGUGGAGAUGCAAAUAGACAGUACAUUGAAUGAAAUAGCAUCAAAAAUUAUUAUCGAACUACCAGAAGAUCAUACGCUGACUCUGGAAGAAAUUGUUAAGUAUAAUGAGGUUUACUCAGUGUGUGUGUAUGUGUGUAUUCUGCAGGUUUGUACCAAGGAAUGGGCAGAGAUUCUCUCUCCAAAAGCCAGAAGCAUUGAAAUAAUUGUGGAGAAAUUAGUUGACAUAUUUGCAAAUAUCACCGAAAGAAUUAAAGAAAGUUCAAAAGCUGCUGUUGUACCAGGUAAACGUGGUAGACGUGUUGUAUUUACAGAAGAACCUGAAGAUGAAAAAGCGAGCUUCGUCUCCUCCUACAGUAAUAAAGAUGACAGUCAGGGCAAAAAGGAUGAUGAAUUUGAGAGGGAUGUUACAGAACUUUAUGCACAUUUUAGCCAUAACCUGCAGGAUGCCUUAGUGAAAUCUUCACAUCUGUCUUUAGAAGUCCUCAAAAGAAGAAUGUUCAAGAUCCUCUCAUCUUCCAGUGUUCCAAAGAAAACAAUCCAACCUCUCCCUGUAGCUAAUUCAGACAUCUGUCUGCUGCUGCCCCAGCUACCAUGGCCCCAGCCCUUUGAGAAGGCCCGAUUCCUCAAGCCCGACUUCACCUCCCUCGACAUGCUCGCCUUCACUAGCAGCGACAUCCCAGCCGGCAUCAAUAUCGCCAGCUACGACGACAUCCGUCAGACGGUGGGGUUUAAAAACGUCUCGCUCGGUAAUGUGCUGGCAGUGGCCUGCUACACCCAGAAGGAGAAAGUCACCUUCCUGGAGGAUCAUGUCAAGGACCUCAGCCAAGCUGAGGGCUGGAGUCGUGCCCAAGCCCGGGGCCUGGUCAAGGUGCACCAGAGCCUCAGGUGUCGCCCAGCCACGGCCAUCCUACAGCACAGCCUCUCUGCGGGCAACCCUCACCCCACACCCAGCCAGGGCCGGGCUGAGUAUGAGAACCAGGCCAAGUUCCAGGCCCUGGCGCUGCUCUACCACAUGGGCAGGCGCUGGGGCAGGGAAUCGCAGGAUGAGCUCACUGGAGCCCAGGCGGCAGCCGAGCUGACAGCUGUAGUCUAUGGCCAGGGCCGGGCUGAGUACAAGAACCAGUCCGAGUUCCAGGCCCUGGCCGCUGCUUUACAGCCUGGCACCAUUGGCAGAAGAGGACAGUAUGGCUACUCAAAUAACGUUGAAGAAUUCUCCCCCUUUAUGAAGGUUGAGGUUCACUUGGCAAUUCCAAAUGUGAUUAUGGAACCAAAUCUGGAUGACAUUCAACAUGGCAUCAACCGAACAAUCCAAAUGAUUUUGGAAGUGAACCGUAAUGUGUUGCAGUGGAGGCAACCAAAAAUGCACCAUGAAAGUAUUUCUGAUGCAAAGACGGCUGUAGAAGCAAAUGAAACCAGGAAAUUAAAGAAGCAAAAGAAUUUUUAUCAUAAUGUGGCAGAACAUAAAGAUGUAACAAAGUUAGUUGUGAUGUUGAGCUCCUCUGCAACUACGAUAAGAAGUGAAAUCCUGAGUUUACAAGAAAUGUUUCAGCAAUUCAAAGUAUUGUGGAUGCAAGACAGAGAAAUGACAAUUAAGGCAUUUAUGGAUAGCCGCCCCAGUUUGUAUGAACUACGAACAAAAAUAGAGUACUACGCUAAUUUUCAACAAGAGAUUGAGGAAAUUAACUCCAUAAUUACAGUGGAUUUUAUCGAACUAAAUACAGAACCCAUUAAAAUGGCUCUUCUGAUAGAGGCCAAAGCGUGGAAAAUGGUUCUUUGUCGAUUGUUGAACGAACAGUACAAGGCAAAAAUGUUGGAAAUUACAGCAUUUAUCAGUGCACAAAUGAAAAAUUUAGCUCGACCAAUUCAGGAUUUGGAUGACGUUAGAUUUGCCAUGGAAUCGCUAACAGAAAUACGAAAUAAUGAAAUACAAAUGGAUAUGACGUUGGCACCCAUUGAGGAAGCAUAUAAUAUCCUGAGUAAGUACGAAGUUGGGAUUUCAAAAGAGGAAGCAGAGGGAGCGGACACACUUCGAUAUUUCUUCAACAAACUGCAAGUUAAAGCUAGGAAUGUACAGAAUGAAUUGGUACAAGUCCAACCCAAAUUUAAAGCUAACCUGCUGGAGUCCGUGGAAAUUUUCCAGAAGGAAGUGCUCAAAUAUGGACGACAGUAUGAAAAGGAAGGCCCUAUGGUUCCAGGUAUUCUACCGGUAGAAGCCAGUACCAGAUUACAAAUUUUUCAGAGUUGGUUUGAUGAGUUAUGGAGGAAGUUUGCAACAUACUCAUCAGGAGAGCGUUUGUUUGGAUUACCAAUUCAGGAUUAUGAAAUGCUGCAGAAAAAUAAGAAGGAGCUGAGCCUUCUGCAGAAAUUGUACGGCCUCUACGAUACGGUGAUGAAUAAAAUUAAUGGAUACUAUGACAUUCUCUGGAGUGAGCUGGACAUUGAGAAGAUUAAUGCAGAGCUCUUGGAGUUUCAGAACAGGUGCCGUCGGCUGCCCAAAGGCUUGAAGGAAUGGCAGGCGUUUCUGGAUCUGAAGAAGAAAAUAGAUGAUUUCAGUGAAUCUUGUCCUCUCCUGGAAAUGAUGUCCAGCAAAUCAAUACAACUUAGACACUGGGAACGGAUAUCUGCAGUAACACGACAUAAAUUUGAUGUGACGUCAGAAUCAUUCACCCUGAAAAAUGUCAUGGAUGCUCCACUGCUUCAGUUUAAAGACGAUAUUGAGGAUAUUUGCGUGUGCUCUGUGAAAGAGAAAGAUAUUGAGGCCAAGUUGACUCAGGUGAUGCAGACCUGGACCAAUCAGAACCUGAGCUUUGCUCCAUUUAAAAGUCGUGGAGAACUUCUGCUCAGAGGAAUCGAAACGGCAGAAAUUAUAACAAUGAUGGAGGACAGCUUAAUGAUCUUGAACUCUUUACUCAGCAAUAGGUAUAAUGCGUACUAUAAGAAAGAUAUUCAGACUUGGGUGCACAAUCUGACGGCGUGCACAACUAUAAUAGAACAGUGGCUUUUAGUUCAAAAUUUGUGGGUUUAUUUGGAGGCUGUCUUUGUUGGGGGAGAUAUUGCCAAACAACUGCCACAGGAAGCAAAACGUUUUCAAAAUGUUGAUAAAUCUUGGAUAAAAAUUAUGCAGCGAGCCCAUGAAAUUCCAGCAGUGGUCCAUUGCUGUGUCGGAGAUGACAUUAUGGGACAGCUCCUGCCGCACUUACAAGAGCAACUGGAGGUGUGUCAGAAAUCACUAACAGGAUAUUUAGAAAAGAAGAGGUUGCUAUUUCCUAGAUUCUUUUUCGUCUCAGAUCCAGCGCUACUAGAAAUCCUCGGACAAGCCAGUGAUUCACACACCAUCCAGGCCCACUUAGCAGGAGUGUUUGACAAUGUAAAUGAGGUGGAUUUCCAUCCAAAGGAUUACGAUACCAUAUUGGCUGUCAUUUCUAAGGAAGGAGAAACAAUUCAAUUGGAUAACCCAGUAAUUGCCAAAGGCCCAGUGGAACUGUGGUUAAGUGACCUACUGCGUGUCCAACAAUCAUCUCUACACACUGUGAUCAAAUUAGCAUUCUACAGUUUCAGUGAACCAGAAUUCCAGCUAAUACCAUUCCUGUAUGAGGCACCUGGUCAGGUGGGAAUCUUGGCAAUCCAGAUACUGUGGACACGGGACUCAGAAGAAGCACUUAACAUGUCAAAAGAUAGCAAAAAGAUCAUGCAAACAACGAAUCAGAAGUUCCUGGAUAUGCUGCAUCAACUUAUCAACCAAACUACCCAUGAUCUGACUAAGUUUCAAAGAAUCCAAUUCGAAACUCUUGUUACGAUUCAUGUUCACCAGAGAGACAUUUUUGAUGAGUUGGUUAAAUUGCAUGUUAGAUCGAUCGGUGACUUUGAAUGGUUGAAGCAAAGUCGAUUUUAUUUCAAAGAAGACACGCAAGAUGUAAGAGUUGGUAUCACUGAUGUGGAAUUUGUCUAUCAGAAUGAAUUCCUUGGCUGCACUGACCGCCUUGUCAUCACACCUUUAACAGACAGAUGCUAUAUCACCUUAGCACAAGCUUUAUGGAUGAAUAUGGGAGGUGCCCCUGCUGGACCUGCCGGUACUGGGAAAACAGAGACCGUAAAGGACAUGGGCAAAGCUCUCGGAAAAUAUGUCGUGGUGUUCAAUUGUUCAGACCAAAUGGAUUUCAGAGGAUUAGGAAGAAUCUAUAAAGGCUUGGCCCAGUCUGGAUCGUGGGGCUGUUUUGAUGAAUUUAACCGUAUUGAGCUGCCGGUAUUGUCUGUGGCAGCCCAACAAAUUUACAUCAUUCUUAUUGCGAGGAAGGAAAGAAAAAAAGUAUUUAUCUUCACUGAUGGAGAUAGUGUAUCACUUAACCCAGAGUUUGGAAUUUUUAUUACAAUGAAUCCUGGCUACGCAGGACGCCAAGAGCUGCCAGAAAAUCUGAAAAUUCAGUUUCGAACAGUGGCUAUGAUGGUGCCAGAUAGACAGAUCAUUAUAAGGGUGAAACUUGCCAGUGUGGGAUUUAUGGAUAAUGUGUUGCUGGCUCAAAAAUUCUUUGUGCUUUAUAAACUGUGUGAAGAGCAGCUCACAAAGCAGGUUCAUUAUGAUUUUGGUUUAAGAAACAUUCUCUCUGUACUGAGGACGUUGGGAGCUCAGAAGAGAGCACGGGCUGAAGACAGCGAGUCAACAAUUGUGAUGAGAGUUUUGAGAGAUAUGAAUCUGUCUAAAUUGGUGGAUGAAGAUGAGCCUCUCUUCCUUAGCCUGAUCAGUGACCUCUUCCCAGGGAUACAAUUAGAUAGUAGUACCUAUGUGGAAUUACAGGCAGCUGUCACCAAUCAGGUGGAAAUUGCAGGAUUAGUUAAUCACCCCCCAUGGAACCUCAAACUUGUUCAGCUGUUUGAAACAGCCAGAGUGCGCCAUGGAUUGAUGACAUUGGGUCCUAGUGGAUCCGGGAAGAGUUGUGUCAUUCGCACCCUAAUGCAAGCACUAACUGAAUGUGGAGCCCCUCAUCGAGAGAUGCGGAUGAAUCCCAAGGCUAUUACAGCUCCACAAAUGUUUGGCCGAUUAGAUACUGCAACUAAUGACUGGACCGAUGGAAUCUUUUCAACGCUUUGGAGGAAAUCCAUUAAAUCAAAAAAAGGUGAGAAUAUCUGGAUCAUUCUGGAUGGCCCAGUAGAUGCGAUUUGGAUAGAAAAUUUAAAUUCUGUACUGGAUGACAAUAAGACUUUAACAUUGGCCAAUGGUGACCGUAUCCCUAUGGCUCCAUCCUGCAAAUUAUUGUUUGAGGUACACAACAUUGAGAAUGCAUCACCAGCCACAGUGUCCAGGAUGGGCAUGGUCUACAUCAGCUCUUCUGCUCUCAGUUGGAAGCCAAUUUUAAAGGCCUGGUUAAACAAGCAUUCUUCAAAUGAGGCUGAGACUCUAAAAGCCUUGUAUCACAUAGCUUUUGAAGAUAGUUAUGUGUUCAUGAAAUUAAACCUGAACCCAGUAAUGGACUUGCUGGAGUGCAACUAUAUAAUGCAGUCAAUUACCAUUCUAGAUGGUUUGCUGGAGUUUGGAGUGACUUUUAACGAGGUGCAUCUUCAGCGGCUCUUUAUAUUUGGACUGAUGUGGAGUGUUGGUGCCCUAUUGGAAAGAGAAAGCAGAAUUAAACUUGAGAAAUUUUUACGAAACCAUAAAAGUAAACUUGACAUACCUCGGAUUCCUUCAGAUAGUAAUGAAACUAUGUUUGAGUUUCUUGUUAGUCCGAAAGGUGAUUGGGAGAACUGGAAAAUGUGGGUUCAAGAGUAUUUAUACCCGCCUGACAGUGAACCAGACUAUAAUUCAAUCCUGGUACCAAAUGUGGACAAUAUUAGGACUAACUUUCUUGUAAAUAUCAUAGCUAAACAACAUAAGGCAAUACUUCUAACUGGGGAACAAGGAACAGCAAAAACAGUCAUGAUUAAAGGGUAUUUGAAGAAGUAUGAUCCUGAGGAACACCUCUCCAAGAGUCUGAAUUUCUCUUCUGCCACAGAACCCUAUAUGUUCCAGAGAACUGUUGAAAGUUAUGUGGAAAAGAGAGUAGGAAGUACAUACGGACCGCCAAGUGGACGGAAAAUGACCAUAUUUGUUGAUGAUAUCAACAUGCCAGUUAUCAAUGAGUGGGGAGAUCAGAUCACUAAUGAGAUAGUGCGUCAAAUGGUAGAAAUGCAUGGGAUGUACAAUCUGGACAAACCAGGAGACUUUACUAAAAUUGUUGAUGUACAAUUAAUGGCUGCAAUGAUCCAUCCUGGAGGCGGACGCAAUGACAUUCCUCAGCGAUUAAAACGUCAGUUCACAAUCUUCAACUGUACACUCCCCACUAACGCUUCAAUUGAGAAGAUUUUUGGAAUUAUUGGGAAUGGUUACUUUCAAUCUUCUAGAAACUUCAUUCCUGAUAUUAGCAAUAUAAUAUCAAAACUUGUUACUACUAGCAGGACCCUGUGGCAAUGGACAAAGGUUAAGAUGCUGCCCACUCCAGCUAAAUUUCAUUACAUCUUUAAUCUGAGGGAUCUAUCUCGCAUCUGGCAGGGAAUGCUGCUCAUUAAAGCGGAUGAGUGCUCCAAUGUAGAAACACUGCUGGGUUUGUUCAAACACGAGUGCAACAGGGUCAUUGCAGACAGGUUUGUAAAUGAUGAGGACAAACUCUGGUUUGAAAAUUCAAUAACUCGUGCUAUUGGAGACAACCUUGGAAGGGCAGUGGCUGACAAACUUGAUGUAGAGCCUUAUUUUGUUGACUUUCUUCGUGAUAUGCCAGAGCCAACUGGGGAAGAACCUGAAGAUUACGUAUUCCUCGUUCCGAAAAUCUACGAACUGGUGCCAAACUUUGAAUUCCUAACUGAAAAAUUGCAGUUUUACCAGGCGCAACAUAAUGAAAGUGUCCGAUCAGGAUAUCUUGAUCUCGUCUUCUUCAAAGAUGCAAUGACACACUUGAUGAAGAUAUCUCGUAUAAUCCGAACCGACUGUGGAAAUGCAUUGCUGGUCGGAGUUGGUGGUUCUGGAAAACAAAGUCUUACAAAGUUGGCAUCCUUCAUUGCUGGAUAUAAAAUCUUUCAGAUCACUUUAACCAGAGCUUAUAAUGCCACCAAUUUGAUGGAUGAUUUAAAGAUACUGUACAGAACAGCUGGAGCAGAUGGGAAGGGCAUUACCUUCAUCUUCACUGAUAAUGAUAUCAAGGAAGAGUCUUUUCUUGAGUAUCUCAACAAUGUGCUCUCUUCUGGAGAGGUAUCAAACUUAUUUGCUCGGGAGGAACUUGAUGAGAUCACACAGUCUCUUAUUGCAACAAUGAAGAAAGAAACCCCUCGAGUCCCUCCCACGUUUGACAACCUAUACGAGUAUUUUAUAAAAAGAGCAAGGAAAAACUUACAUGUUGUCCUCUGCUUAUCUCCGGUUGGUGAAAAGUUUCGAUCACGAGCGCUGAAGUUCCCCGGCCUGAUUUCAGGGUGUACAAUGGACUGGUUCAGAAGUUGGCCCACCGAGGCACUGGUUGCCGUCUCUAGCUAUUUUCUUUCUGGUUUCCACGUUGUUUGUUCAGAGGAGAUUAAAAACCAUCUGGUAGCAACGAUGGGUAUCUUUCAUGACCAAGUCUUUCAGACCUGUGAGGACUAUUUCCAGAGAUACCGAAGACGGACACAUGUAACUCCCAAAUCAUACCUUGCCUUUAUAAAUAGCUAUAAAGCUAUAUAUGCAGAGAAACAUGCAAACAUCAAUGAGCUGGCCGAGCAUAUGCAAAUGGGUCUCUACAAGCUCAUGGAAGCAACUGAAUCAGUGGCUCAACUUGCUGAGCAACUAGCAGGGAAAGAAAAGCAAUUGGCAGUGGCAUCACGCAACGCUGAUAAGGUGCUCGGAGAGGUGACAGUGAGCGCAGAAGCAGCAGAAAUAGUCAAAAAUGAAGUCCAAAUGGUGAAAGAUAAAGCGCAGAAGAUUGUGGAUGAAAUAGCAGUGGAAAAACAUAUUGCAGAGAAAACACUUAUCGCAGCAAAGCCUGCAUUAGAAGCUGCAGAGGCAGCUCUGAAUACUAUCAAGCCUGCUGACAUUGCCACUGUGCGUAAAUUAGCCAAACCACCUCACCUGAUCAUGCGGAUUCUCGACAGUGUUCUGCUUCUCUUCGCAAAGAGAAUGGACACAGUCACCAUGGACCCUGAGAGGCCCUGUCUCAAACCAUCCUGGGGGGAGUCUUUGAAGUUACUGAGCGGCACUGGGUUUUUGCAGGCCCUGCAGCAGUUCCCGAAGGAUAGCAUCAAUGACGAAAUAGUGGAAUUGCUCCAGCCGUAUUUUACUAUGGAGGAUUACACAUUUGAAAAUGCUAAGAAAGUGUGUGGGAAUGUAGCUGGUUUGUUGUCUUGGACUCAGGCCAUGGCUGCCUUUUUUGCCAUCAACAAAGAGGUGCUUCCUCUGAAGGCAAAUCUGGCAGUACAGGAAAGUCGACUGCAAGGGGCCAUGAACCAGCUCGGGCUUGCCCAGCAUCAGCUCGAUGAGAAGCAAGCUGAGUUGGACAAGGUGCAGGCCAAGUUUGAUGCUGCCAUGAAACAUAAAAUGGAUCUGGUAGAAGACGCAGAAACCUGCAGAAGAAAGAUGGAUGCUGCAUCGACCCUGAUAGAUGGUUUGAGUGGGGAGAAAAUCAGAUGGACUGAACAGUGCAGGGAAUUUAAAGCACAAAUCAUCAGGUUAGUGGGUGACGUGCUGCUGAGUACUGGGUUCCUCUCGUACAGUGGUCCAUUCAAUCAAACUUUCAGAGAUAUAUUGAUCAAAGUCAUCUGGGAAACAGAGCUGCAGAAAAAGAGAAUCCCAUACACAGAUGGAAUAAACCUCAUAAACUUUUUGGUGGACCAGCCUACGAUCGGUGAGUGGAGUCUGCAGGGUCUGCCAAGUGAUGACUUGUCAGUUCAGAAUGGCAUCAUUGUGACCAAAGCAACCAGAUACCCACUUCUCAUUGACCCUCAGACACAGGGGAAAUCUUGGAUCAAGAAGAAGGAACAAAAUAAUGAUCUACAGGUAACAUACCUUAAUCACAAAUAUUUUCGCAAUCAUUUGGAGGACUCCUUGUCACUUGGGCGACCACUGCUUUUGGAAGAUGUACAGGAGGAAUUGGACCCUGCUUUAGAUAACGUAUUGGAGAAAAACUUCAUCAAAAGUGGGACCACCUACAAGGUGAAAGUGGGAGAUAAAGAAACUGAUGUGAUGACUGGAUUCAUGUUGUAUAUUACCACAAAGCUUCCAAACCCUGCCUACACUCCAGAGAUUAGUGCCAAGACAUCUAUCAUUGACUUCACUGUGACCAUUAAGGGUCUUGAGAAUCAACUGCUUGGCCGAGUCAUCCUGACGGAGAAACAGGAAUUGGAGGCAGAGCGUGUACAACUGAUCGAGGAAGUCACUGUCAACAAACGCAAAAUGAAAGAACUGGAGAAUAACCUAUUAUUCAAGCUUAGUACCACUAAAGGUUCACUGGUGGAAGAUGAGUCUGUGAUUGGAGUCCUGCAGAUAACAAAGUCAACAGCAACUGAAGUCAGUGAGAAACUGCACGUGGCAGCAGAGACAGAGAUAAAGAUAAACACUGCACAGGAAGAAUACCGGCCGGCAGCAACUCGUGGCAGCAUCCUAUAUUUCCUCAUCACAGAAAUGAGCAUGGUCAACAUGAUGUAUCAGACCUCACUGGCACAGUUCCUCAAAUUAUUUGAUCAGUCCAUGGCCAGAUCUAAGAAAUCCCCCGUUGCUUCGAAGAGGAUCAGCCACAUCAUCGACUACCUGACGUAUGAAGUGUUUAAGUAUUCAGUUCGUGGGCUUUAUGAAACGCACAAGUUCCUUUUCACAUUACUGCUGCCUCUGAAGAUUAACCUUGAACGUGGAUACAUCAAAUACAGUGAAUUUCAGACUUUAAUAAAAGGUGGAGCAGCGCUUGACCUGAAAGACAGUCCAGCGAAGCCUUUCCGCUGGAUCCUUGACAUGACCUGGUUGAACCUGGUAGAGCUGAGCAAACUCUCGCAGUUUGGAGAGAUACUGACCCAGAUAACUAAAAACGAGAAGCUUUGGAAAGUCUGGUUCGACACACAAGCUCCAGAAGAUGCAAUUAUUCCAAAUGGGUACAGUGACUCUUUGGAUUCAUUCGGCAAAUUGUUGCUCAUCAGGUCGUGGUGUCCUGAUCGAACUCUCUCGCAAGCUCGAAACUACAUUUCCGAAUCAAUGGGAGAAAAAUAUGCAGAGCCGGUGGUUUUAAUCUUGGAGACAACUUGGGAAGAAAGUGAUACACAAACCCCUCUGAUCUGCUUCCUGUCCAUGGGAUCAGAUCCCAGCAACCAGAUCGAAGGAUUGGCCAAGAGACUUGAAAUUGCUUGUCGGGCAAUAUCCAUGGGUCAAGGGCAAGAGGUUCAUGCCAGAAGGCUGGUGGCAAUGUCUAUGCAACAGGGUGGAUGGGUAUUACUGCAAAACUGCCACCUUGGUCUGGAAUUUAUGGAUGAGCUGCUGGAGACCCUAAUGACAAGUGAGAAUGUCAAUGAAUCUUUCAGAGUGUGGAUUACCACGGAGCCACAUGCAAAGUUCCCCAUCACGCUGCUGCAGGCAUCUAUCAAAUUCACCAAUGAACCUCCUCAGGGAGUCCGUGCAGGAUUGAAACGAACGUUUGCUGGGAUCACACAAGACCAAAUAGAAUACUCCAACCUGCCCAUGUGGAAACCACUCCUGUAUGCAGUAGCUUUCCUGCACACCACUGUCCAGGAACGGCGGAAAUUCGGUCCACUCGGUUGGUGUAUUCCAUAUGAGUUUAACUCCUCGGAUUUCACAGCCAGUAUCCAGUUUAUACAGAACCACCUGGAUGACUGCGACAAAAAGAAGGGUGUGUCGUGGAAUACUGUACGAUACAUGCUUGGAGAGGUUCAGUAUGGAGGGCGUGUUACAGAUGACUUUGACAAGCGACUGCUUAACUGCUUCACCAAGGUAUGGUUCAGUGAGAAGACGUUUGAUCCCAAGUUCAGUUUUUACACUGAUUAUAAUAUUCCAAUCUGUCCUAACAUCGAGAGCUAUCUGGAAUACAUUCAGUCUCUGCCCAUCACUGACACCCCUCAGGUGUUUGGCCUUCAUCCGAAUGCUGACAUCACGUACCAAAGUAACACUGCAGCAGAAAUUCUUAAUACCAUCACGAACAUCCAGCCAAAAGAAAGUGGUGGAGGAGGAGGCGAGACUCGAGAAGCCACCGUCUUCAAACUCGCUGACAGUAUGCUGUGGAAGCUGCCUCCAGACUAUGUGGCACAUGAGGUGAAAGCACGCCUGGUGAAAAUGGGGAUUUUGAAUUCUAUGAAUAUCUUCUUGCGGCAAGAAAUUGAUCGGAUGCAGAAGGUGAUUACAAUGCUCCGGGUCUGUUUGAGUGAUUUACAGCUGGCUAUCGAGGGAACCAUCAUCAUGAGUGAGAAUUUAAUCGAUGCCUUGGAUAACAUGUACGAUGCUCGUGUCCCUGAGGGAUGGAAGAAAAUCUCCUGGGCCUCUUCUACAUUGGGAUUUUGGUUCACCGAGUUCCUGGAGAGAAAUACACAAUUUUCAUCCUGGAUCUUUGAAGGCAGACCCAAUGUCUUUUGGAUGACCGGCUUCUUCAACCCCCAGGGAUUCUUAACUGCAAUGAGACAGGAAGUAACACGAGCACAUAAAGGUUGGGCCCUAGACAGCGUCACUCUGCACAAUGAAACUACCAAACUGAUGAAAGAAGAAAUCAAAGUGCCACCAAUAGAAGGAGUUUACAUCUACGGCCUUUACCUGGAUGGAGCAGGUUGGGACAGGAGAAACAUCAGACUGACGGAAUCUAUAGCCAAGGUUCUUGUUACCAUGCUGCCUGUCAUCUACAUAUUUGCCAUCAAUUCCACUGCACCUAAAGACCCCAAAUUGUACAUCUGCCCAGUCUACAAGAAACCACAGCGUACUGACCUAACUUUCAUCACUUCCCUGUGUCUGAAAACAAUCCAGCCACCUGACCACUGGAUCCUCAGAGGGGCUGCCUUACUCUGUGAUAUCAAGUAAAACACAAAUUAUUUCACAAAUAAAGAUGUUUUUUAGAUAAUUUUAUAGUAAUGUAUCUGACUUUGGAUGUUGAGUUAUCAUUUCCAUGCAGCAUUUGUACCUGCCAGUCGGAAGAAAAAUCAUCAGCUUUUUUUUAAAUUCAAUAAAUCCAUUUAGCCUUAGUUUUUUAUACAGUUUCUUAAUUAUUGUAUAACUCCUUUAUUUCAAUGAUAAUGACAAGCAAGCUGAACAACUUCUGGCCAGAGAGCAGGGAACACCCCUGGUUUUCAAAACAGUGACAGCCAAGAGGUCAGGUGGGGAAAGCAAGUAGUGUCCCAUUGGAAAGACUGCACCUUUGACAUCCUCUUCCUAA